ACGACACAACCGCAUGCUACCGGGCGCACGGGGGUCCCGCAGGGCGACGCAUGGGAUUGGAGCGUGAUCACUGAAAAACAGCUGCUGCAGAUCGGACCCUGCGCCCGUUGGAUGAUUCGCGUGUCAGUCAAGCAAGCCGUGACUAGUGUGUGUGGACAGGAAAGUGCAGGCUAUCGACUGGAUGCACUGUAAAUGCUAAGCUAUAUAAACGGCAGUUUCGGCUAAUAUAGCAACGAUUGACUCGUACGUACACAUGUUGGCGAGGACAUGAACUGACCCAAGACAGCGGCCCAUAUUAGGGCUGUCCUUGGACAGGAAGUGAUGUAUUACAAUGGGCGGAGGCGUGGCCAGGAUGGAGUCGGCGCGGUCCUCGACUUCCUAUUGGCCAAUGCCCGGCUGGUCAUCGGAGUGGGAGGAGCUGCCAUACUGGGCAUCGCCACACUGGCAGUGAAGAGGAUCAUUGAACGUGCAGGAAGGAGGGCAGAAGACAACAAGCCAAUGACGGACAGCUGGGAGGAGCUUAGCCUGGUUAGCUCCUCCCCCAAACUGCUGAAGAAGGGAAUUGAGGAUGUGGUCAUGAAAAAGAUCGCUGUGGCAACCCGAAAAGCGGAUCUUUCCCAGCCGCUCCCUGCUGCACCUGCACUGGAGAGCCAUCUGUCGGAGCGCGUGUGUGUGUCGGGCGCCGCUGCGGUGUGUCAUGCCCGCGGUGUGUCUGGACCCUGCAGGAGCCGCCUGCAGCAGUACCUGGGCUGCCGUGUGUGUGUUCCUCCACCCGUCACCAUGCAGGCGCAGAGGCGGGCUCUCGAGGUCGCCACGGAGAUCCAGGCCUUCCUACGCACCAAACAUCCGCACAUGCCGCUAGGAGAGCUGCGCCUGGCUGGGUCACUGCUGGACGACCUACAGGUCAUCACCGCCGACCACACCUCUCUACUGGUACACCUACAGGUGGAGGAGUCCCUGUGGUCAGCUGUCCGAGGAGAGGACACCUUCUUGUCCCACCCCCAGCUCUUCCUGAUUCGCCGAGAGAAUCUGGAGUACUUCCCUCGGGGGCGGAGCUACUGGGACCACUUCCUGGUGGGCGGGUACCUGUCGGCGCGGCUGGUCGCCGAGCAACUGGCCAAGUCCGUCACCGAGGCGAUGAACUGGCCGUCACUGAGCGGCUCUCUGGGGUGCCAGGUCCGGCCCGUCUUGGACGCCCACGGCGACGCGUCAAUCAAGCUGGAGGUCCGCCCUAGCGACGAGGAAGAGGAGGAGCCAGAGGAGGAAGAGGAGCGUCUGUUUGUGCGCGUGCUUCCCACACUCUGCAUCGGAGACGAGUCCGUCUGCGCCGGGCCCACACACACACACACACACACGCACGCACCCUGUGAGCACGCCUGGUUCUUCAGCCUGUACCCUAAAGAGGCGGGGUUGCUGGCCAGUCUGGACCAAUCGGACGGCGGCGUGAGGAGGAAGUGCCUGAAGACGCUGAAGGCCGUCUGCCGCACCAACCCCACGCUCCGCCCCCUGUCCGGCCGUCACCUAGGCAACCUGCUGCUGCACCUCAGCGACAAGGCCACCGAUUGGUCCGAGGAGGCCUUCAGUGGGCGCUUCCAGGAGGCCAUUGAGGAGCUGAUUGGCUACCUGGAGAUAGGGCGUCUCCCCAGCUACUUCAAACCAGCUGUCAAUCUACUGCAGGAGUUCAGCGAGGACGACAUAGACGAGAUGGGAUUCAUGCUCUACUGCGCAGUGUCUCAACCAGAGAUACUACUUAUCUAACACACACACACACACACACAUAUAUAUCACACACACACACACACACACACAAGAUGGGAUUCAUGCUGUACUGCGCAGUGUCUCAGCCAGAGAUACUACUGAUCUAACACACACACACAGGAGUUGGGCUUUACUGAGCCAUGUUAGAAAUAUUACUCACCAGAAUAUUGCAUAUAGACACUGAGUUUGGGAUCUUUCAGAGGUUUUACUUAAUAAUAAGUAAUAAUAAUAAUAAUAAUAAUAUAUAAAAUACUUAUCAAAUAUAAUCAAAUACACACACACACACUCUCACUCAUACACGCACACACACACAACAUUCUGGAGUGUACUGUUGAUGUGAAUAGACAUGAAUAGUGUGUAAUGUGUGUGUGUGUGAGGGUGAGAGAGAGGGGCUAGAGGUCCAUUUGUGGAAUGUAACAAAUAAACAAGUGAAAUAAUA